AGACCCUUUGGAGACCUUUGGAGACCCUUUGGAGACUUUUCCCCCAGUUUUCCCAGACUUACCUUGGGCAGAGAUGGGCAGCACCACCUCUUGCUGCGUCCCCAGCAGCCCCAAGCUCCGCAGGAACACCCACUGCCGGCUGGAGUCGGACCAGCAGGAGUCGGAGCUGAGCAGAGAGGAGACUGGAUGCAACCUGCAGCACAUCAGCGACCGGGAGAACGUGGACGAGAUGAACAUGGAGUACAAUCCAUCGGACCAUCCGCGGGCCAGCACCAUAUUCCUCAGCAAAUCCCAGUACGAUGAGGUGCCUUGCAGGAACGUGCGAGAUAAACGAAAAAGCCUCUUCAUCAAUAAUCAUGGAACGUCGAAUCGGAAAUACAGCUCCUGCUCCACCAUCUUCUUAGACGACAACACAGUCAGCCAGCCCAACCUCAAGUACACCAUCAAAUGCGUGGCACUGGCGAUUUACUACCACAUAAAGAACAGGGAAAUGGAAGGAGGAAUGCGGCUGGAUAUAUUUGAUGAGAAGCUCCAUCCUCUUUCAAAAUCAGAGGUGCCUCUGAACUACAACCAGCAAGACCCAGAGCAGAAACAAAUCUACCGGUUUGUCAGGACGCUGUUCAGUUCCGCUCAGCUCACUGCUGAGUGUGCCAUCGUCACACUGGUCUACCUGGAGAGGCUCCUGACCUAUGCAGAGAUCGACAUCGGCCCGGGGAACUGGAAGAGGAUCAUUCUGGGUGCUAUCCUGCUGGCCUCCAAGGUCUGGGACGACCAGGCCGUCUGGAACGUCGACUACUGCCAGAUCCUCAAGGACAUCACUGUGGAGGACAUGAACGAGUUGGAGCGUCAGUUUCUGGAGCUGCUGCAGUUCAACAUCAACGUGCCGUCCAGCGUCUACGCCAAGUAUUACUUUGACCUGCGAUCGCUCUCAGAGUCCAACAACCUCAGCUUCCCCCUGGAGCCGCUCAGCAGAGACAAGGCCCAAAAACUAGAGGCUAUUUCCAGGCUUUGUGAUGACAAGUACAAGGACGCGCGCAGAGCUGCGAAGAAGCACUCAGCCAGCACGGACAAUCUAUGUGGGAUUAGAUGGGUUCCUGCAAUCCUCUCCUAACAACUGUUAAUCUGCCAUAUACUGAACAUUGGCAUCAGACUACAGGCACUGACUGGAUGAGAAAACUCCACCAACAUGGUCUCUGUGCAGAGUU